AUGAGGUGCAGCUUCAGAGUGUGGAUCUUCAGUACCUUAGUUUUCCUUUUCAUCAUGUCCCUUCUCUUCACAUACUCUCAUAAUGGCACGGCUACUCCAGCCUAUUCGGAGUUAAAUGACUGGGAGUCUGCGGAGGGUCACCCAGUCCGUCUUGUGCCAGGAUACCCCGGUGUCAAGCACAGACCACCGCCUCCUCGUCUGCCAAAAACCUGCUUAUGCCGUCACUGUCUGCGCCAGCCAGGGUUCUCUGUGUGGUUUGAUAGUCACUAUGAUCCCGCCAUUGCUCCUGUUUGGACCCUUGAAAACCAGGAAUUGUCUCCAGAUGUCCAGCGCUGGUGGAUGGUGAGUUUGCUCUAACUGGUUGUACUGGUCAGUCACUGCCCUGUAAUUCUUUAAUUGUAAAUGACACUGUGGACCAUUGAGAAAUGAACAGUGAAAUCUGCAUGGUCGUGUUAUAUGAUUGCUAUAUACCCCGGCUCAGAGGCGGUGUUAUAUAAUUAACAGCUAUAUUCCCUGGCUCGUAGGUGGUGUUAUACAGUGAUUGCUAUAUACCCUGCCUCGGAGGUGGUGUUAUACAGUGAUUGCUAUAUACCCUGCCUCGGAGGUGGUGUUAUACAGUGAUUGCUAUAUACCCUGCCUCGGAGGUGGUGUUAUACAGUGAUUGCUAUAUACCCUGCCUCGGAGGUGGUGUUAUACAGUGAUUGCUAUAUACCCUGCCUCGGAGGUGGUGUUAUACAGUGAUUGCUAUAUACCCUGCCUCGGAGGUGGUGUUAUACAGUGAUUGCUAUAUACCCUGCCUCGGAGGUGGUGUUAUACAGUGAUUGCUAUAUACCCUGCCUCGGAGGUGGUGUUAUACAGUGAUUGCUAUAUACCCUGCCUCGGAGGUGGUGUUAUACAGUGAUUGCUAUAUACCCUGCCUCGGAGGUGGUGUUAUACAGUGAUUGCUAUAUACCCUGCCUCGGAGGUGGUGUUAUACAGUGAUUGCUAUAUACCCUGCCUCGGAGGUGGUGUUAUACAGUGAUUGCUAUAUACCCUGCCUCGGAGGUGGUGUUAUACAGUGAUUGCUAUAUACCCUGCCUCGGAGGUGGUGUUAUACAGUGAUUGCUAUAUACCCUGCCUCGGAGGUGGUGUUAUACAGUGAUUGCUAUAUACUCUGCCUCGGAGGUGGUGUUAUACAGUGAUUGCUAUAUACUCUGCCUCGGAGGUGGUGUUAUACAGUGAUUGCUAUAUACCCUGCCUCGGAGGUGGUGUUAUACAGUGAUUGCUAUAUACCCUGCCUCGGAGGUGGUGUUAUACAGUGAUUGCUAUAUACCCUGCCUCGGAGGUGGUGUUAUACAGUGAUUGCUAUAUACCCUGCCUCGGAGGUGGUGUUAUACAGUGAUUGCUAUAUACCCUGCCUCGGAGGUGGUGUUAUACAGUGAUUGCUAUAUACCCUGCCUCGGAGGUGGUGUUAUACAGUGAUUGCUAUAUACCCUGCCUCGGAGGUGGUGUUAUACGGUGAUUGCUAUAUACUCUGCCUCGGAGGUGGUGUUAUACAGUGAUUGCUAUAUACCCUGCCUCGGAGGUGGUGUUAUACAGUGAUUGCUAUAUACUCUGCCUCGGAGGUGGUGUUAUACAGUGAUUGCUAUAUACUCUGCCUCGGAGGUGGUGUUAUACAGUGAUUGCUAUAUACUCUGCCUCGGAGGUGGUGUUAUACAGUGAUUGCUAUAUACCCUGCCUCGGAGGUGGUGUUAUACAGUGAUUGCUAUAUACCCUGCCUCGGAGGUGGUGUUAUACAGUGAUUGCUAUAUACCCUGCCUCGGAGGUGGUGUUAUACAGUGAUUGCUAUAUACCCUGCCUCGGAGGUGGUGUUAUACAGUGAUUGCUAUAUACCCUGCCUCGGAGGUGGUGUUAUACAGUGAUUGCUAUAUACCCUGCCUCGGAGGUGGUAUUAUACAGUGAUUGCUAUAUACCCUGCCUCGGAGGUGGUGUUAUACAGUGAUUGCUAUAUACCCUGCCUCGGAGGUGGUGUUAUACAGUGAUUGCUAUAUACCCUGCCUCGGAGGUGGUGUUAUACAGUGAUUGCUAUAUACCCUGCCUCGGAGGUGGUGUUAUACAGUGAUUGCUAUAUACCCUGCCUCGGAGGUGGUGUUAUACAGUGAUUGCUAUAUACCCUGCCUCGGAGGUGGUGUUAUACAGUGAUUGCUAUAUACCCUGCCUCGGAGGUGGUGUUAUACGGUGAUUGCUAUAUACUCUGCCUCGGAGGUGGUGUUAUACAGUGAUUGCUAUAUACUCUGCCUCGGAGGUGGUGUUAUACAGUGAUUGCUAUAUACCCUGCCUCGGAGGUGGUGUUAUACAGUGAUUGCUAUAUACCCUGCCUCGGAGGUGGUGUUAUACAGUGAUUGCUAUAUACUCUGCCUCGGAGGUGGUGUUAUACAGUGAUUGCUAUAUACGCUGCCUCGGAGGUGGUGUUAUACAGUGAUUGCUAUAUACCCUGCCUCGGAGGUGGUGUUAUACAGUGAUUGCUAUAUACCCUGCCUCGGAGGUGGUGUUAUACAGUGAUUGCUAUAUACCUGGCUCGCAGGCGGUGUUAUAUGAUUGCUAUAUACCUCUUAUCUUCCCUCACCCAGAUGCUGCAGCCUCAGUUCCGCUCUCAUAACACCCUGGAGAUCUUAUCGCAGCUCUUUCAGAUCAUCCCGGGUCACAAUCCAUACAUCCAGCAGGACCCCCUGAGCUGCCGCCGCUGUGCUGUGGUGGGGAAUUCUGGCAAUCUGAAGGGCUCCGGCUACGGGAAGGAGAUUGACAGCCACAAUUUCAUCAUGAGGUAUCCAGGAGCCAGAGCCAAAUGUUCUUUUACAAAGUACAGGGUUGAAGUUUUAGUUAAUUACAGGGAAUACAGGAGAUAAAUACAUUUUGUUGGGAAUGUUAAAGGAGUGAUCUGUGGACCAUAACCACUUCAUCUCAAUAUGGAAGUUAUGGUGCCUGGAAUCCUCUGACACCAUCUUACUUCCCAGUGUUAAACCAAACCAGUUUCACAGCAAAAUAACUGGGUGGCUGUCAGGCAGCCCUUCCUUUGCUGCUUUGCUAAUAUAGAAGUGAUGGGCGGCCUGUGAUCAGCUGACUGUGAGGGAUGCCCAGUGAGCUCGGACCCCAGAUAUACAUAUUGUGAGGUUCUGUAUUGCUUGGUUAAUAAUAAAUGUCUUAAAUUUUUUUUUUUAAUGUAUUUUUUUGAAUUAAUUCCGGGUUUGGGGUUUGGGGUUGAAAGCUCCAGGAACUGGAGAUCCUUUGUAUGAUGCUAAUGUCACCAUACCUGCUUUAUGAACAGUUUCUUGGCAUGAAGGGCAAGCUUUGGUGCUAAAAGGGUUCAUUUCAUUUGGAAGAGGCUAUGGGCUGUCUAGUGGCCAGUCAGACCCCUCCAGUCACAUUAUCAGAACUCCAAUCCUCAUCAGACAGCUCCCUAAUAACUGCCCUUAUUCUAACAAACUUGUAUAAAUCAGAGGAGCUUGUCCGCCCAUAGAGUAUCCCUGUUCAAUGGGUUACGGCUUGUCCCCUCUGGCAUUUAAAACAUUUUGUAAGAGCUGAGCUUUGUCGCCUUACGCCACAAGGGGGCAGUAGUGGCAGCAACUGUAACGUUAAAACAGAAAAAUGAUUAGUUCCCGACAUCAUUUGUUGUAUAUACUCAGAGAUUCCUUGUUUCUUGGCUAUUAUCCAUGUCGGCAUCACCUGUGGUUUUAGCUCCUUCCUCUCAGCUGAUAGAAUCUACAAUUAAAAUAACGUUAUAUAAGCGUUACCUCCCCAUAUCCAGCAGUCUUGUAAUUAAGUCAGUCCAGACAGUGGGAGGGAUGCCGACAUGGAUAAUUGCCAGGAAAAGAAGAUUACGGUAAGUAUGUAAAUCAGUGCAAAUCAAAUUUUAAUUUAAACAUUAAUGGCAGAAUCAAUGGCUUUCCCCCCAAAAGAGGAGACCGAGGAGCCUGUAACGUCUAAACGAUAAUGUCUCACGAACGUAUUGGAGGAAGACCAGGCAGCUGUCCUGCUAAUUCCCUCCAUUGAAGUAUCCACCAAAGAAGCCCAAGAUGCCGAGACAGCCCAGGUAGAGUGAGCCUUGAUUCCCUCUGGUACCUUCCUCCCGGCCACCUUGUAGGCCUUCUGAAUUGCAGACGUAAUCCGUCUGCAAAUUGUAGAAAUAGAGGCAGCCAUUUCUUUAUGGUAACCAAAUGACACCACAAAAAGCCUGGUUGUUUUUCUCGAUUCCUUGAUUCGGUCAAGAUAUACUUGUAGCAAUCUGACCACAUCCAAGGUGUGCCAACAGGAUUCUUCUUCAGAUGAAGGAUUCUUGUAGAAGGAAGGUAAUAUCAUUUCUUGAUUCAGAGGGCAUUUUGGGAGGACUUAAGGAGUAAAUUCCAGAACCAAUCUCAGAACUGCCUUAUCUUCCAAGAUUUGAGUGAAUGGAUGUUUCUGGAUUUCAGAAGCCCUUCUAGCAGACGUGAUAGCAAUAAGAAAUACAUAUUUCAAUGUCAAGUCCCAUAGGGAUGAUAAAUCCAUAGGUACAAAUGAUGCACCAGUUAAACUGUGUGGCACUGCUGGUAGAUCCCAUGCUGGAAUGACAUUUUUAAUUAUUGAUCUGUUUCUUAUGGCCUCCUUUAGAAAUCACUUGUUUGUAGCGUCAAGAGUCCAUUGGACAUUAGAUAUGGCUGAGAAGGCAGAUAAUUCAGGGACCGGAGACUCAAUCCUUUUUCUAGCCCCUUUUGUAAAAAUUCUAACAAGUUAGUAAAGUUUAUUGAAUCUGAAUCUUUACCCAAGGAAGCUGUCCAAUCCACAUACGGUAUGUACUCCAUAUCCCAUAGGACACUUCGGAUAUGCUGGCUUUUCUUGCUUGAAGAAUAGUAUUUACUACACACUCUGAAAUUCCAUUAGCUUUGAGGACGUUCUUUUCAAUGUCCAAGCCUUCAAACUAAAUUUGGCAGGAUCGUCAUGGAGAACUGGACCCUGUGACAAGAGAUUCUCCAGAGAGGUCCAAUAUCUUCAAUUACUAUGCACUAACAUAGUAAUUCUAACCCAGGCAGUCCCAAAUGGCUUGGGUUGUAUCUGGGCUCUUCCCUGGGGAGAGAGGCUGAACUCCCCAGGGAUGCCAUAAUGAAAAAUCUAAUGGCAGGUGACAUUUUAAAAUAAAAAGGUGUAUUGCUACCUAACAUCUGGAGGACAGGGAAAAAAAGACUGCCGGAUAUGGGAAGGUGACUUACUUAUAUAAGAUUAUUGUAAUUCCUGUCCUAUAAUGUGAGAGGGGGAGCUUAACCUAUAGGUGAAUCUCUGAGUAUAGACAACAAAUGAUGUUGGGAACUAAUCAUUUAAUAGCUGAUCAGUGCCAGGGGGCACUUGGUAGGAAUACUGGGCAAACAAGAGCAAUCUGACCAUAGCAAGUCCCAGUUAUAUCUGCUUAAUAUGCUCCCUGUUUAUUCCAUGGAUUUAUAAACCAAACAGAAAAUUGUAAAAUCUCAUAGUAUUAACUUAGGUGAGUUGAAGAAUUUCUAUGAAUUGGGGCAUUUUACAAACAUUGUACAAUCCUGAUUUUCAAAUUCUCUACAGUUUGCCACUUAACGAAUUAACGGUACGGAGAGCUUCCCUGAAUGGAAUGUAGGUGCGAGUUUAUCGACGCUGUUGGGUUGGUUAAAGAAUAAUCAUUCUAUAAUGUUGAUAUCGCUGAUCUGUUUCUUACUGUUUUGGCGCAGGAUUAACCAGGCUCCCACUUUGGGCUUUGAGGCUGACGUUGGUGCGAAAACCACUCAUCAUUUUAUGUAUCCAGAAAGUGCCAAAAACCUGCCGUCCAAUGUCAGCUUUGUGCUCGUCCCAUUCAAAGCCCUGGAUCUUCUGUGGAUCACAAGUGCCCUGUCAACGGGACAAAUCCGAUUGUACGUAUUGGGGGGGGUUUAGGUUCUGGGGAGACACUGGAAAUGAACAAGUUGGGUUAAGGGGACAGAUUACAUUAGGGGUUCACUGCUAUUGGGGGGGUAUCAGGAAGAUGUGGUGAGUCAUGUGACUUAACCCAUUCUUGUCUCCUUUGUUCAGCACGUACGCCCCUGUGAAAGCAUUCCUGCGAGUUGAUAAGGAUAAGGUGAGUUCUGCUCUUUAUGUCUGCAAACUCUGAGAAACCCAAAAAAUCACAAAAAUGGGGAAACUGAGCUUUUUUUUAAUUUUAUUUAAUUUUUUGAGUGAUGAAAAUGGAUUAGACUCUGUUAAAACAUUUGGCUUCCUCUCAGCUCCUGGUGCAGUACUGCAAUCAUUUAGAGUGUAGUCUAGUGACUGUCCGAGAGACUGAGUGUCAGACUCUAGACAAAAAUAAACCCUUUUCCCCGAGGUAUAGUGUCCCUUUAAAAACAAACAACAAAACCAGAAGACUGUUAAAUUACAACUGGGGGGGGUAUUUUACUUUAUACUGUUAAAUUCAUUAUCCUUCUGGGAUAAUGGUUUUUGUUUGUCUCACUGGGGAUUUUUAUUCAUUCUUUUUCAUGUCAUCCCUAGGUGCAAAUCUAUAACCCAGCUUUCUUUAAAUAUAUCCACGACCGUUGGACUGAACAUCAUGGGCGUUACCCAUCCACCGGCAUGCUAGUUCUAUUCUUUGCGCUGCACGUCUGCGACGAGGUGAGUACCGUGUUUCCACUACCAGCUGGCAGUAUACAGAAAGGACCCAAACUGUACUUUACACGUCAUGAACACAGCACAAAGACAGACAUCCAGGCAUCGUGUCGAUAAUUGUGUUAUUGUACAGACAUGUUUCACGUGGACUGUAAACCACUCCUAAAAGAUUACAGCGUAUAAACCGUAUAUAUUCACAAAUCAUUUUUUUCAUAUUUUCGAAUUUCUUGCUCUCUUAAUAUACAAAAAAACAAAAAGAAAUAUUCAUAGUGUUCAUUAAAAAGAAAAAAAUGCUGUAAAACCUAACUUAAAAUGUGGAAUAUAUCCUAAAAGAGGCCAAAGCCCAGUCUGUAAAUAUAUACACACAAUGUAAACCCUGCACUCAAGCUCCCACUAUUCCCAGGCAGCAGCAAUGGCUAAAGCAUUUAUCAGCCCUAAUACUUAGAGUAAAAACUAAAGAGUUAACUGUGCUCUAUCCCAAAUCCCUAUUCACAUUUUAGAUUACUGGAAGUUUUAUAGUAUCACUCUCAUGGCCAUUAAAGUGUACGAGAAGUCAAAAAUAAAUCGUUUUAACUAAAAAAACAUAAAAUGACUUGGCUUCUAAGUGGCAAAGAAUUGAGAAGUGAAACUGCAGGGGCAUAAUCUGUACACCAACACUGCUUCAUUAAGAUAAAGUUGUUUUCGUUAUUCGUGUCCCUAAAAAUAUAGACACACCCAGUAAAACUGUAAUCUAACCUACACAGUUCACCUAACGUGUGGGAGCCUGGUGUGUCCCUUUAAUAAUAUAAACCCACCCAUUAUAACUAACUGUAACCUAACCUACACAGUGCAUCUACCGUGUGUGGGAGCCUGGAGUGUCCUUUAAUAAUAUAAACCCACCCAGUAUAACUAACUGUAACCUAACCUACACAGUGCACCUAACGUGUGUGGGAGCCUGGAGUGUGCCUUUAAUAAUAUAAACCCACCCAGUAUAACUGUAACCUAACCUACACAGUGCACCUAACGUGUGUGGGAGCCUGGAGUGUCCCUUUAAUAAUAUAAACCCACCCAGUAUGACUAACUGUAACCUAACCUACACAGUGCAUCUAACGUGUGUGGGAGCCUGGAGUGUCCCUUUAAUAAUAUAAACCCACCCAGUAUAACUAACUGUAACCUAACCUACACAGUGCACCUAACGUGUGUGGGAGCCUGGAGUGUGCCUUUAAUAAUAUAAACCCACCCAGUAUAACUGUAACCUAACCUACACAGUGCACCUAACGUGUGUGGGAGCCUGGAGUGUCCCUUUAAUAACAUAAACCCACCCAGUAUAACUAACUGUAACCUAACCUACACAGUGCACCUAACGUGUGUGGCAGCCUGGAGUGUCCCUUUAAUAAUAUAAACCCACCCAGUAUAACUGUAACCUAACCUACACAGUGCAUCUAACAUGUGUGGGAGCCUGGAGUGUCCCUUUAUUAAUAUAAACCCACCCAGUAUAACUAAUGGUAACCUAACCUACACAGUGCAUCUAACGUGUGUGGGAGCCUGGAGUGUCCCUUUAAUAAUAUAAACCCACCCAGUAUAACUGUAACCUAACCUACACAGUGCAUCUAACGUGUGUGGGAGCAUGGAGUGUCCCUUUAAUAAUAUAAACCAACCCAGUAUAACUAACUGUAACCUAACCUACACAGUGCAUGUAAUGUGUGUGGGAGCCUGGAGUGUCCCUUUAAUAAUAUAAACCCACUCAGUAUAACUGUAACCUAACCUACACAGUGCAUCUAACGUGUGUUUGAGCCUGAAGUGUCUCUUUAGUAAUAUAACCCCCCCCCCCCCACUACUGACAUGCUAGGUCCAAAUCUCUUGAUUUGAUUAAGUUAAUUAAUAUUCAAAUGUCUUAUUAACAAAGACACUGCUGCAUAAAUUCAGUGUUCUUUAUCCAAAGGUGUAAUUUCCUGACAUUCUUUUUCAGGUGAAUGUUUAUGGCUUUGGCGCAGACAGCCGAGGGAAUUGGCACCACUACUGGGAAAAUAACCGCUAUGCUGGGGAAUUUCGCAAGACUGGCGUUCACGAUGCAGACUUUGAGGCACAAAUCAUUGAUACACUGGUACGAGAAGCCAAGAUUAAGGUUUUUCGCAGUACAUGA